AUGACCACCAAUACUAGCACCACUCCAUCUGCGUAUCUGCUCACACUCAAGUCUAUUCGAGAGCGUACACGCCUGUUGCUGGACAAUCCAACUCAACUCGCUCAUUUUGAUGUGCAUCUCGACAAGCUAGAUGCAGUAGUCAACACCAUUGUUAUGCUGAUAGUCAGAGACUAUUCUAGCCCAAGCGAUAUUCCUCCCCACUCUCGAUGGAGACACUUUGAAGCUGUAAGCCCAGCAAUGAAAGCUACCAAAUGUGACCGAAUUUCACCCUUGCUGAAUACUUGGAAUGGUUCAGUUUCUAGUGCAAAGGAUCAACCUCCCAAGUAUGAGCGAGAAACAAUCCGUCGACUCUUGGAUCUGUUUGUGAUAUCUGUAUUAUUGGAUGCAGGUGCAGGAAAUAAAUGGUCGUUCCGGCCAUCGAACGAGCCUGGUGAAUCUUAUGUUAGAUCUGAAGGUCUCGCUCUUGCAUCGCUGGACUGGUUUGUGGCAGGAGGAUUUUCAUCCGAUCCAAAUGCAUUUCCAAAUAGAGCCGACGCAGUAGGGCUCAAGGCUGUUACUGCAGAUAAGCUUCAAAAGGCUUUUCAAGUGAAUGAAUCCAAUCCACUGGUGGGAGUGGAUGGUCGAUGCUCUUUAUUGAAUCGUUUGGGUGAUGUCUGUCUAGCCCAUCCCAAGUACUUUGGGUCUGAUACUCCUCGACCAGGAAAUCUAGUCGACUAUCUGCUAGAUCAUCCAUCGACCGUACACUCUGAGGACGGAUCUGAGCACAGCGUGAACAUUAGUGUCCUAUGGGAGGUGGUCAUUCAUGCUUUUUCUGGAGUUUGGCCGCCUGCUAGGACAGUACUGGACGGUGUUUUUUUGGGUGAUGUGUGGCCAUGCAGCAGUCUUGCAUCUAUCCUGUCCAACUCUACUACUGGCCUUGGAGGAGAGGCAGAUUCACUAGGACUGGUUCCCUUCCACAAACUGUCUCAAUGGCUGACUUACUCUCUGAUGGAACCCAUGUCACUGCUGGGAGUGCGAUUUAUUGGAGUGGAAGACUUGACAGGUCUAGCAGAAUAUCGCAAUGGAGGACUGUUUGUCGAUAUGGGGGUUCUUUCCCUCCGUUCUUCCAGCAUCAAGACCAUGACCCAAGGUCCUGAAUCUGUGCCCCGUUUCAAUGUAUUUGACGAUGCUGUUGUUGAAUGGCGAGCACUUACGAUUGGGCUGCUGGAUCUGGUAGGAGAUGCUGUUCGCAAGCGACUGUCCAUGUCCAAGGAUGAUCUGCCACUAGCAAAAAUACUGGAAGCAGGAACGUGGAAGGCUGGACGCGAAGUUGCUGCAUCGCUCCGCCCAGUCUCUCGUGGAUCUCCUAUCGACAUUAUAUCGGAUGGAACUGUUUUUUAAAUGGUUUGACGGCUUAUCAUCCAAGUGGAAUGUGAG